UCCCAAAACGCCGACAUCCAUACUGGCAAUGCUAACGUCGCCACUAUCACUGCGAAGGCAAUCCGAGACGUACAUAAGCGCCUUCACACCACGGUCAGAAGCCGACCAUCCGCUUCCCAACGCGGAAGAGACGCUAUCGACUACGCGAUCGAAUGCAUGAGCAAGCAAAAGAUGUGGUUCCUAAACUACAAGAGUAGGAAACACAGCAUCAUGAGCUUAGUCUACAAUCUCGUGACUCAGCAGGACGCAGCCAACAACUUCGAAAUCGCGAAGGAUAUGAAGACGGAUAGUACGAGUAUGAACUCGAUCUCUGCGCUUACUAUGGCGUUUCUUCCGGGCACGUUUGCUGCUAGCGUGCUUAGCACCAACAUUUUCUCUACCAAAGGCCACAAGAUCGAGGUCUCGGCGAUUUGGUGGCUAUGGACUGCGAUCACGGUGCCGCUCACUCUUCUGGUGGUCAUUUGCUGGUGGUGA